AUGCCAAUCACAAAUGUCUAUAUUUCAAAAGGGUCAAAAAUGCUUCAUGGCUGGUAUGCUCAUCUAAUACCAUAUGAGAUGACUAUUAAAGAGUUUUUUGAUAAACUUGUUAUGAGUGAAAUAUCUCCAGAAUGCAAUAUUUCUGUAAACCCCUUUGAAACGAUUAAUCAUAUUGAAUUAAGCCAAAUAUUAAGAGCAGGUACAACCACUAUUCAAGCUAGUCCUUAUUGUGAAAUAAUAGAGUCAGCUAAA